AUGGCAAUAAGGGAUAACGGAAAGAAUGUGGCACUCCACCACAUCAAUUCGUCAGCAAGUUUGGAGACGGUCAGGCGUAUCGCGAAUUUCGGCGCAAAACUGUUUGUAUUGAAUGAUCGUGAGGAUACACCACUGUUUCUCGCUAUCAGAGCUCAGUUUGAUGAUAUGUUCUCUUAUAUGCUCAGAAAGGAACCAAUGUUGGCUAAUCCGAGCUUCUCACUAACAACCAAGAUACUGACGCCGUUACAUGAGGCUUGUCUAGCAGGCUCGUUUUUUAUGGUGCGGUUGUUGAUCGACUACAAAGCGAAAGUUACCUCAUGUUGUGAAUGGCUCUACGGAACUCCAUUGAUAAUAGCGACACUCAGGUGGGACAUUGCCUCGUUUAGUAGCCCAAUGGCGCUGAUACGAGAAUUUCCGAUGAUGCCCUGCGAACACAAUCCAGCUACUUCUCCAAAGGCCUAUCCUAUAAAUUAUGACUCCCUUGGUCCCAGACCAGUUCAUUUAGCUUGCUAUAACCCUUUAGACGCCCUCGACACCUUGGACCUUCCGGAUUCUGAUUUUGCUGCCCGAGACAUCGUUGGACGUGUGUCCCUACACUAUGCUGUCAUGGGCGGAGAUAUUAGAUUGGCACAGGUGGUGCUUGAGCGCUCUGAGCGAGCUGGCGUUGAUAUAAAUAUCAAUGACAACGAUGGAUGGACGCCACUCUUAUGGGCUGCCCGAGCUUCCCGUAUUUGGCUUCGACAUCAAGGAAACCGGUUUCCGAUUACUGAUAUGAUUUCAUUACUUUUGGAAAACGGCACCAACCCUAGUUUUAAAGGGAAAGGAAUGUACAAAGACUGGACCGUUCACGAUGUGGCCUAUUACCAUCACGAUAACAGUCUUGCAUCAGUAGUAAGUCAAGAUUACAACGACCAUGUCAGUUCAAGGAAGCGGGGCAAUUUGGCAGAGUUCCCAGACGGGAACACAAUGUUUUGUGACUGUUGCUUGCUUGACAUCUACGGGUCCUAUCACGAUUGUUCACUAUGCUCCGAAGACCGUUUGUGUAGCAAGUGUUACAUGUCUGUUUCGAAGGUGCAUCCUGCUCAUUCAACUUUUGAUGAGCGGGGUGGUGAAUGGGUCGCAGACAAUGCGCCGAAGGAAGAGAGUGUGGAUGUGGUCAACAUUGGAGAUAUGGAAGGUGGUGAAGAGAGUGAUGUCGAUAUAAAAUUGGAUCUUGAAGCGGAAACUCCCUUCGAUGAUUUCGAUGACGAGGAUGCAGAUGUCGAGGAUUUUGCAAAAUAG